GGGAGGAGCCUGAACGGAUACGAUCUGUUGUGAACGAAAAUCUGUGUGUUUGUUUCCGUUCGCAUGGAGAAACACGGAAACGUUGUUCGCGCGCCGAACCGUCACAAUUCCCGCGUUUGAUACGGACCCAGACAGAACCGAAGGAAGCAGACUGAAGAGAAGAAACAGACCUGCGGUGACAGCAUCUCAUCUAAUCUCUGAUCCAGUCCUGUGUAUUUCUCUGGACUAUCACGACUAUCACAUAUCUAAAUUUUCCUCAUAAAAGUGUGCCGGCAUCAUGAUGCUGUUGGUCUUCACACUCUGCCUAUGCGUUUUAAAGAUGGGCGGCGUCUCUGCAUCUGUCACUCAAGCCACUGUCCAAUCAGAGCUUCAGUGUCAUGACUGGGGCGUGCGGAGCGAGGGUUCGGUGCGGGUGUAUGACGGGGAGGUGGCGUAUAUCUACUGUCCGCUCUUCUCUCCUCCCACGCUCUACAGCUACAGUCAGACUCAGAACAGCAGUCUGUCUCUGCUGUGGUACCGACACACACAAACAGAUGAGCAGGAGCAGCCCAUCAACCUCAAACUACAUACAAUGCAUAAAGACCGCGAGUACCUGUGGAUUCAGCCGGCCUCGGCACAGGAUGCCGGACUCUACAUCUGCAUGCUCCGCAACAUUUCCUCGUGUGUGAAGAUGGGCGUGAAGCUGGAGGUGGUUCAGAAGGAUGAAGAGUGUGACCUGAGAGCUCAACCUCACCUGAACGUGACCAUCCCGUUCCAGAGCGAGCGAACCCUCACCUGUCCAGACCUGAACACACUCACGCUGCCCAACAGCACACACUCCGUCAGCUGGACCCACUUAUGCAGGACUACAGAGUUUCGACUAGACCGGGAGCUGAAAGGAGACGAUCUGGUGAUCUACAGGAUGUUCGAGCCGUUCACCGGCCUCUACACGUGUGUGGUUUCUUAUCAGAUCAACGGACGCACGCUCCAGUUCACACGCUACAUUCACGUCAUUGCUGUUGUUCCUGAUAUUGGCAGUAAAGUUCCCAUCAUCCUGAAUCCCGCGAGCGAUCAGAUCUUCACAGUGACUCUGGGAGAUACAGCGACGCUGUCCUGUCGUGUGCAUCUGCCUCACCUGUACGAAGAAAAGCAGUACAUCUGGUGGACCGUCGAUCGCAAAACUGUGGAGCAGCUCGCCGACCCACGAUUCAGCUCGCCUGAAGCCACGCUUGUGUCAUAUGUUUACGGUGACGAGGUGAAAGAAAGAUUCCUGUAUGUGAGGGAUUUUUCAGCUGACGACCUGCAGAGGGAGUUUAACUGCUCCGCCAGGAACAGCCGCGGGUUUAUAUCCAGCAGAGCCGUGCUCAAAACAGAACCGUACGUCCCGACUCUAGAGCUGGGCUGUGGUUUAGGUGUGACGCUGGCGCUCAUGUUGAUGAUGUUCGUCAUCUAUCACGUGUUCUGGCUCGAGCUGCUGCUGCUCUAUCGCUCGUGGUUUGGCUCCGAUGAGAGAUACACAGAUGAUAAGCAGUAUGACGUGUACAUCUCAUACGCUCGCAACAGUGAGGAGGAGGAGUUCGUUCUGUCCACGCUGCGUCGAGUCCUGGAGACCGAGUUCGGUUACUCCGUCUGCAUCUUCGACCGGGACAGUCUUCCUGGAGGAAGUGUGAUGGAGUCGGUGCUCAGGUGUAUGCAGGUGUGUCGGCGGCUGCUGGUGGUGCUGAGCUCGGACUGUCUGUGCGAGAAGAGCAUCAGUCUGCUGGAGUGCCGUCUGUGUUUGUACCUGCAUCACACGGCGCGCGCGCCCCUCAUCACAGUGAGACGGCGCGCGCUUAGCGUCCCCUGCGGCGAGAUCGCGGAGCUGCGCAACAACUCCACCUCCGUGCGCUGGCACGGCGCGCGCUCCGAGCGGACGGACUCGCGCUUCUGGAAGCUGCUGCGGCUCGCGCUGCCUCUGCGACCACUCGCUCUCGGGAAAAGACUCAUCGAUAGCACCUCCUCGCACUCGGACCUGGCGUCCGUGGCCACGCGCUACACGCAAGCGCAGACGGUCUCGCUCAGUCGGCGUAGCAAAGGUGGGCGGGGCGGAACGAGGCACCUGGGCGUACGCGACAGAAGUGGGCGGCGCUGUGAGCAAAAGGGGCGGGGCUGUGAAAUCUGCGUGAAUUUUCAGGAAAGUCGGCGAAUUUGGGGCGGAGUUAUCGCUACUCAGUGGAACACACACCUGCAUCAGCCUGUAGCCAAUGGGAUGACACCUUACAGCAUGCAUAACUCCAACACCGCACCUGGAAAUGACCCCAGUAGUGACCUCUGCCCCUGUGAACCAAUCAACAACAACCUGACAAAUGAGCUACAAACCACACACUGUUGACGCACACUGCUGGACAGCCAACCAGCGACUGUCAUCAAUGAAAUGUGUAGCCUAAAUCACAAUAAUUAUCAGGUAAUAUGUAAAUAACAAACAUGAAUUUAAUAAACAAAGUUAAAACGUCAGGCUGACCUUUGA